AUGACUGAAACAUACGUGACCGGUACAUGUCUAUGUCAAGAGAUCCAGUAUCGCAUUGCUCUGCCUUCCUCUGACACGCUUCCCAAGGUCAUUCUCUGCCACUGCAACAACUGCAAACGCAACACUGGCUCCGGCUUUUCCGCCAACAUUGUCGUGCUACAAUCGCAAUUCAAAUACACGCAGGGCACACCGAAAGUGUACACGGAUCGCAGUGACAAGGGCCCUGCGGUUCUUCGGGAAUUUUGCCCAUCGUGCGGCACGCCACUCUCGUCACGAACAGAUGACGGGAGCGAUGAUGUUGCCGUCAAGUCGGGAACGCUGAGUGAAGAGGAUCGGGCUCGGUGCUCGGAGCUGGGAAUGGAAAUCUUUCAUCAUCGAAAGGAUGGGUGGAUUAGGGGAAUGGAGGACGUGGAUGUUCCGAGGAGAAAUGGAAGUAUGGCUAGCUAG